AAUUAUUUGUUUUUUUGUUCUACUUCAUUCCCAUCCUCUUAUGUCAUCAGACACUCACUAUUUCUCCCUCCUUCUCUCUCCUCCUUUCAUUGUCAUUCCUCCAUUGCUUCACAUUUCCGAUUCUCCUUCAUCACUCAUCAGACAGAUAAACAAAUUAAAAUAAGUUCUUGUCUUUCUCUCUCCUCUGUCUCCUGCCUGUUCAUUUGAAUUAGUGGUCGGUGAAUUCCACCUUCUUGGUUUUUUUUAAUCAUACUCAAAAGAAUUAUAGAAUUUUAUCCUUCUGACUUAGCUUAAAAUAAUCAUUUUUAGGGUUUUGUUUUCAUUGAGUGUCUACAUUUUGAUGGGUUAUGUAAUUUGAUCAUAUAAUUGUUUCGAUUGUUUUUAACGAUUGAUUUUUGGGUAGAUCGGCAGGAUAAUCAAAGGGUCAAAUUUGGUUUUGGUUUUGAUUUUGAUUACUGGAAAGGGGCGAGACUUUCGUGGGUUCUGUAGGAUUUCAAUUUAGGGUUUGUGUGUUUUUGUUGUGGGAAUUUUUGUUGCUGAUAUUUGGAAAGGGGGUUUUAGUGGGAAAAUUCUUUAGAAGAAAGAAAAAUGUUAGGUGCUGGAUUACAGUUUAAUCGGAGUCGUACUGAUGAUCGGUUCUACAUUCCGGUAAAAGGUCGAAAAAACAAUCACCAUAAUCAGAAAAUCCCUCAACUUCAAAGAACUCAAAGUGAUAUUGUUAAUGGAGGAAUAGGGGGGAGAAUUAGAGAUAAACCUGUUGUUUCAUGGAGCAGGGAAUCCGAAAAUCGGACUGAAGAGGCAGUAAAACCGGAAGCCUCACCGGAUUUCGAGCAGGCGAUGUUGCCUUUGAGCAAUGUAGAACGUUUUCUUGAGGCAAUUACUCCUUCAGUUAAUGCGCAUUAUCUCUCAAAGACUACAAUGAGAGGAUUAAGGACUUGUGAUGUAGAAUUUCAACCCUAUUUCAAUCUGAGUGACUUGUGGGAGUCAUUUAAGGAAUGGAGUGCUUAUGGGGCUGGAGUUCCUUUGGUAUUGAAUGGCAGUGAUUCUGUUGUUCAAUAUUAUGUGCCUUACUUGUCUGCCAUUCAACUUUAUGUCGACCCUUCUAAAUCACCCGUUAAGUCAAGGCGUUCAAGUGAGGACAGUGAUGGGGACUUUUUUAGUAGGGACUCAAGUAGUGACGGAAGCAGUGAUUCUGAGCAUGAUAGGGGUUUGGCCUACUCAAGGAGCCAAAGGCAUUGCGUUCGCCAUUCUGGUGAUAUGUCCUUUGAAGUGGACAGAUUAUCCUUGAGAGAUCAGCAGCCAGUACUGCAAGAGGGUUUUUCCAGUGAUGAGGGUGAAACUGAGCCGCAACAAGGUAGCCUGUUGUUCGAGUAUCUUGAAUAUGAUCCUCCCUUUGGCCGUGAACCUUUGGCUGAUAAGAUUUUUGAUCUCGCAUUGCAUUUCCCGGAGCUGAACUCACUUCGCAGUUGUGAUUUGCUGGGUUCAAGUUGGCUUUCCGUGGCAUGGUACCCGAUAUAUAGGAUACCUAUGGGACCAACAUUGAAAGAUUUAGAUGCUUGUUUCUUGACCUAUCAUUCUCUAUACACACCUGUUGGAGAUGCUCCUCCUGCUCAAUCUGAAGUGGUGAUUUAUCCCAGUGAGAAUGAUGAAAUACCGAGGAUCUCUCUUCCAGUUUCUGGUCUUGCCUCGUAUAAAUUUAGAGGAUCAUUAUGGACCUCAAAUAGCGGGAGUGAUCAUCAGUUGGUGAAUAACCUCUUGCAGGCAGCUGAUAACUGGCUCACAAAGCACAAGGUCAAUCACCCUGACUACCUUUUCUUCUGUCGUAACAUAUGAUAUUUAUAAAUAGUUUGUUCCUGUACAUCACCUACCAUUGCGUAGCAAUGUCGAAUCGUGGGCCUUUUCUCGAGGAGUUUCCAUUAGAUGUUGGUUUAUGAGUUGAGAAUUUCCAGAAGACUCGCAUGUCCUAGUUGUAUUGUAUGUAUAUCAGCGGAGGGAAUUUUUUUGUUUUAUAUAAAUAUAUAAAAAAAGAAAAUAGAAAAGGGUUCCGGCUGGAUUGGGAUAGAAACAGAAUAGUUUAGUGAAGUUGUAGCGGACAAGGCUUGCAAAUAGAAGGCGUUACGUGAGCAAAUGGGAAAUAAACCCCUGCCCUGAUGUUCAUUUACUAGCAGAACUUAGCUGAUAUAAACUUGUAAGUUAUAACUUGUAAGCGAAGUUUAUGAGCUUUUUCCCAUACUUGUUUUAUACAAAUUAGUCUGUAGUUAUAUAUUAAAGGUUAAAAUGUUGCUUUCUACUCAUUUCUUGUCAAUUAUGGAAUUUUGAGUGCUUGAUCCGUCCUCCGGGUGUUUUUGUGGAUAUAAAUAGGUGAAACACCUGGCCUUAGUCGAGUCUAUGGUUUUAGCGGAUAUAAACAACUGGAGAGAAGGCAUUAUUCAAGGGACUGAGCAACUUGUUUGGCUCCGAACCUCGCCCCUGCGAGGCCAUUUAAGUUGACGUAGUCACGUAAAAUCGUCCCUCAACACAUCACGACACGCCACUCACCAGUCGUAUAUCUACUGCUGAUCUUAGGCUUUCCCUUUACAUCCUCGGUACCUUGUUAAUUCUGAGGGGAUCGAAAGGGAGGGAGAUAAAAAGGAAAGUAUAUGGUACAACUGCAAUUGCUACAUUCAUUUUGAGGGAUCUCAUCUUCAUUGGAUUGUUGGUGCUUACACUUUCUGUUUUUCUUCACGUAUUUUUAAUUUAUUUCAACCUAUUUUUUAAAUUUUAUUUUUUCCACAAUUUUACUGUCCCGCUCACUUUUUUGAUUUCAAAUCAACUUGAAAUCGACCAAAUGUUAGUGGGGUCGCAACUAAAAAUAUUAACUCGUAAUUUAAAAUUGAUCAGAUUAGAUUUGAUAAAUCAACCAAAAUUCCAUUUAUCUAAGUUGGCUUUAAUCCAAAAAAUUUGACAUGAAAUUCACUUAUAUUAUACCCCAAUUUUAUAUGAAAUAUGAAAAUAUACUUUACACCUAAAUUACACC